GGAUUUAAUUGCGAUUUUUGAACUAAUAAUGAAUAUAACACGUGUGAGCGAUUUUUUCAGCAUUAAUUGUUUAUACAAAACACGUCGCAAAUUGUCAGAUAUUCGUUUAGUCGAACGCUGUUUAGCAUUAGCGCGUCAGAGUGGCAAAAGAAAGCUCCCGCAAGCUGUCCUCUCUGCUAGCGCACAUCUGUCGCAUUCUUUGGAAAAACCGAGACAUGAUACGAGGAAGGACACCACGAGAUGAGGAAGAAUGAGAAGAGAAAUACAGAGACAAACAGACUUUCCAGAUGUUUUUCAACCAAAAGCGAGUGAUCAUGGAUGGUAUAAUCUUUGGCAGGAGAAAGAAUAUUUCAAAGCUAAGAAGAGUUCCAAUAAAUAUUUCACAAUGAUUUUGCCUCCACCGAAUAUUACCGGUACCUUGCAUUUGGGUCAUGCUUUGACUACAACGAUACAGGAUGUUAUUGCAAGAUGGCAUCGAAUGAAAGGCGAUCCUGUAGUAUGGAUUCCAGGCUUAGACCAUGCAGGGAUAGCCACACAAACAAUAGUAGAAAAGUAUCUUAAUAAAACGAAAGGCAUUAAAAGAGAUGAUAUUUCGAAAGAAGAAUUCCUCUCCUACGUUUGGGACUGGAAUCACGAAAAGGGAAGUAGAAUAAACAGUCAAUUAAAAGAGUUAGGGGCUAGUUUGGAUUGGUCGAAAGAACAUUUCACAAUGAGUAAGAAGCACAGUGUAGCAGUUACGGAAGCAUUUGUGAUAUUAAACGAACGGAAUAUGUUAUACCGAGAGAAGGAUAUGAUCAACUGGUCACCUUCCUUGCGUAGUGGUAUUUCUGAUAUUGAGGUCGAGUACUUGCGGCUCUGCGAGAAAACUGAUAUAGAAGUCCCUGGGUACAAGAAAAAAGUUACAUUUGGACAAAUAGUAGAAGUAGCCUACAAACUAAAAUAUUCAGAUGAAGAAAUUAUCAUCGCCACAACUAGACCAGAAACAAUAUGCGGUGAUGUAGCAAUUGCUGUUAAUCCAAACCAUACUUUAUACAGUCGAUACAUCGGGCAACAUGUUAAACAUCCUUUAAAAGACAUAUUUAUUCCUGUGAUAGCUGAUGAUUCCGUAUCAUUAGAUUUUGGUACAGGUGCCAUGAAGGUUACACCAGCUCAUGAUCCUGUGGACUAUCGCAUAGCUAAGAAACAUAAUUUAGAAGUCGUGAAUGUAAUAGGUGAGGAUGGGUUCAUGACAGAAGCCGCAAAACCAUUCCAGGGUCUUCCACGAUUUCUUGCACGAGAUAAAAUUAUCUCUGAAUUAUCACAGAGGGGAUUCUUGAAAACUAUUAAAGAUCACGAAAUGAUGGUGCCGAGAUGCACACGAACAGGAGAUGUUAUUGAGUAUAUUUUAAGAGAGCAAUGGUUUCUUAAAUGCGAAUCAAUGGCAAAGCGCGCAAUGGAGGCAGUUCGCAACGGUUCUUUGAAAAUUGAUCCAUCCUUUCAUGAAGACGUUUGGUUUAGUUGGCUUGGAAAUAUCAGAGAUUGGUGCGUAUCGCGUCAACUAUGGUGGGGUCAUCGAAUCCCAGCUUAUCGAUGCAAUUUUGAAAAUAAUUCCACGUGGUUAGCUGCCCGCUCUGAAGAGGAAGCAUUGCUGUUAGCUAAGAAAUUAUAUGGCAAUACUGUUCAAGUUGAACAAGAUAGUGACGUUUUAGAUACAUGGUUUUCUUCUGCUUUGCUUCCGUUUAGUUCUAUUGGAUGGCCUAGUCAAGCCGUAGAUUUUCAUAAAUGUUACCCCUUGUCACUUAUGGUAACGGGGCAUGAUAUUUUAUUCUUCUGGAUAGCGAGAAUGACCAUGUUAGGAUUAGAAUUAACUGAACAACUGCCAUUUAAGGAAGUAUUAUUGCAUGGCAUCUUAUGUGACACUCAGGGCAAGAAAAUGUCAAAGAGUUGUGGAAAUGUCAUUUCGCCGGAAAGUGUUAUAAAUGGUAUUAGUUUGAAUAAUCUCAAUUCUCUGGUUAAAGACAGUCAUAACUUGGGAAUACUCAGUUCCAGUGAAGUCAAACGUACUAUAUCCGUAAACGGAAAAAUGUUCCCCAAUGGCAUCCUUGAUUGUGGUGCUGAUGCAUUGCGUUUUACUCUCUGUUCGCAUAACAUUAAAAAUUCAAUAAUUUUUUUUGACGUUGAUCAGUGUCGUACAAAUAAAUUCUUCUGCAACAAAAUUUUACAAGCGUGCAGAUAUACGUUGCUUAUGACGAAUGACGAUCCAAUUGAAAUUCCCAAAGAAUUGAGUUCUUUAGAUCGUUGGAUUUUAAGUAGGUUGUCAUUCAUGGUUGAUAGUGUUAAUGAAGCACUCACUCAAAAAUUGUUCAACAAAGCAACAUCUGCCAUAAAACAGUUUAUACACUACGAGUUCUGUGAUUAUUUUCUGGAAGGGACGAAAGUAGGAUUUCAGAGUGAACGGUCUGAUUUAAUUUUAGCUCACCGAUUCGCUCUUGUUAAAUCUCUAGAGGUUUCUUUGAAAAUCUUGGCUCCAUUCACCCCAUUUCUAAGUGACGAAUUUUAUAUAAAGAUGGCACGAAAAUUACCUGAUUUCUCUAAUUAUAACUCACUGAUGGAAGCGUCGUAUCCCACAUAUAAUGAGCUUCAGGAAUACAGAGAUUUAAAUUUAGAAGAGCGAAUGAAAAAUGUAAUUGAAGUAAUACUGAAAAUCAGGAGUUUAUUGACUGGUCUAAGCAAGAAAUUAUCUUUCGAAGUGCAUAUUGUCACUGAUUCUCCCAAAGAAUUCGAUGUGUAUUCUGAACAUAUAAAUGUUAUCAAUGCAGUCAGUAGAACUCAAAAUAUAAAAAUAAUUCCAUCCAGUAAUUACGUUCGAAUGAAAAACAGCAUUUACGAUGAAGCAACAAACACUUGUUCUAUUUUUCUUGUUGUUGAGGAUGAAGAAGUUUUAGAAGAUCUGAAGAAUAAGUUAAGGAAGAGAAGACUCAGGUUAGAAAAGAAAGUACAGUCUGCAAUGGAAAUAAAAUCAGUCUAAUCUAAAAUAUAUAAGAUUUGUCUAUAAACUUUUACAUUAUUAUUAGUACACAUAGUGCAUAGUCCUGUACAGUUUAUGAAAAUAACAUGCACUGAAUUUGUAACUUCAUAAUUUUGGGCCAUAAGUGAAUGUAAUUUAACAUUGAAGCAACGUUCAAAGGGUCCCCAGUGCCAAAGGUGUUACGCAUUUUGUGAGCGACCUCUUUCUUAUUUUGUAUUAUUUUGUAUUAUUUCCACACAUUCUAAAUUUAUUCACUUUUCUUCUAUAUCCAUGUCAUUGGCACAUGCUUCUACACUUGAGUCGUCAGUUUCGUCCUCAGAAUCUGAACUGCUAGAUUCUAGCCAUUCUUGAGAAGAUAGAUCAUCUCUUAUGAUAGUCGACCAUUCAUCCAACUUCUUGCAGUCUAUGGAUAAUAAUCAACAACUAUUUUUUUCAUUCUAUAAUAUGUAAUUUGAUAUAAAAUCAAUCCCUUUAGGUACUUACCAAGAGAGUAAAAAUCAUUGAGAGUGUAUUGUUUAUCUCCGUCUUCAAACAUUCCGCCGUACAGGUAUAAGACGUUAUGUUUAACUACAAGGCCCGCAUUAAUUCGAGGAGAUGGCAUAAAAAUGCUUUCUUUUGUAACUCCUACGGUUGCUGUGCUGCAAUUAGAGCGUGAUGGGCCAACAGUCACCUAUUUCGAGUUUUAAAAACAAUAAAAAACGUUUAUAAUUGAGUGCAAACUAUA